AUUUUUUGGUUGAAAAAGUUUUUUUUAAGGUGCCCCGCCCUCAAUCGCAUACUUCAGACGUAAACUGCUGCACGUUGCCUUCAUGUGUGUAGUCGUGUUGAGGAACAUUGGCUCAAUCGAAACAAGUGUAGAUUUUUCAUGUAAUUGUCUUCGUAAAUAACUACACACACGGCGUGUGUUGAGGUAAUACUGCUGUGAGACAUUGUUUACAGUUACGACAAUAGAUUGUGCGGCUAGUAGGUUGGACGUUUAGCAUAGGAGUACGUUUUUUGUAUUAUAAAACCUACUUGUAGGACUUCCUUCUUUCGAAAGUUUUAUGUUUGAAGUAGCGUGAUACCCUGCUAUCCGCGUGACAGUAGCGAUGUUUGCGCGAGUCUAUGCCGAUGUCGUGAAGAAAGCAAGCUACACGCUGACGUUAUACUCUACUGUCCCGCUCCAGGGAGCACAUCACUGCCAUUUCUCACACUCAUGGGGUUCAUCCGCAUGUGACAGGCUGUGCAGCACCUAUGAAGAAUCCAGAAAAUGGUCUCUGCAUCAUGGAAAAUAUUUCUCAACACGCCAGGAUUUAGACUUCCAGCAGAGCCCAUUUCAGAUCAACAGUAUUCUUAGGAGCAAUGAGCAGAGUGUACGUUUACCAGAGUUUGACGGCAGGGGACUCAGUGCUGUUAGAAAGUUUGACAGUAACCAGCUAGCUGCUAAUACACCGAAUGAAGACCGGCGCAGUGCUGCUACUUGCUUACAGUCAAAAGGCAUGCUCUUUGGGGUCUUUGACGGCCACGGCGGUUGGGCGUGCGCCCAGGCCGUCAGUGAACGACUGCUGUACUACGUGGCCGUUGCAAUGAUGCCAAAGCCCUGUUUGGAAGAGCUGGAGAGGAGCAUGGAGAGCAGCAGACGUGUCCCUCCCGUCUUGCAGUGGCAUAAGCAUCACGCAGAUUUGAAUUAUCGGGACUCCGCCUCGCUGUACACCGAUCAUCUCAGGGUUUUCUGGCAAGAAUUACUAAACAACGAGGAUCAGGAUGCAGGUAUGAGCCCUCAGGAAGCUCUGGAUUGUGCAUUUAAGCACCUGGAUGCUGAUAUCUCCUUGGAGGCUCAAGUUCCACUUUCCAAUGACCUGCUGAGGAGCACAGCCAUCCAGGUUGCAUUUUCAGGUUGCACGGCCUGUGUGGCUCAUGUGGACACAGAUGGCAUCUAUGUCGCAAACACCGGCGACUGUCGUGCAGUUCUCGGGGUGCAGAACCAGGACGGUUCGUGGAGCGCUUUGCCUCUUUCCCUGGACCACAACUCUCAAAACAAAGCCGAGGUGGAACGGAUCAAAGCCCAGCAUCCACCCUCAGAGAGAAGCACAGUGAUCACAGAUGACAGACUGCUUGGGGUUCUGAUGCCGCUGCGUUCCUUUGGUGACAUGCAGUUCAAAUUGAGCCGUGAGCUGCAGCAGAACAUUUUAGCCAGCUUGGAACCUGGAAUGGACCUGGACUCUCUCAGUUUAUAUCAGUAUACUCCCCCAAACUACUUAACUCCUCCAUACCUGGAGGUGACGCCUGAGAUAACCUACCACAAGCUGAGACCUCAGGACCGCUUCCUGAUCCUCGCCACUGACGGGCUGUGGGAUGAACUGCACAACGAGGAGGCAGUGCGACUGGUUGGCGAGCACUUAAGCGGAGUUCACGUACAGGCACCGGUUUCUCCAACUGAGAAGAAGUUGAAGUUGGGUCAGAUGCAUGAACUCCUGCUAAAGCGCCAAGCCCGUGCCUCUCCAGCUCUGGACGCCAACGCCGCCACACACCUCAUCAGACAUGCUCUUGGUACAGGGGAUUACGGAGAGCUGUCCCAGGAGAGACUGGCCUCGAUGCUGACCCUGCCAGAAGACCUGGCUCGAAUGUACAGAGACGAUAUCACUGCUACAGUGCUGUAUCUGAACUUUGACCUCGCUCGACCUCAUCAAGGCUAAUUGACAGACAGAAACAUCCACUACAGUCUGCUUUUCCUCUUGACUGAUACUUUCUGCCCUCAAAAUUCAACGUGUUACAUAAAAGAAUGGUAGCAGAAAAACAAUUUUUUGUGUUGAAACAUUAAAUGCAGCUAACAUUCUCCUGUUGUGUUAUAAAAACCACAUCAGAUGUUGUGAUGUCGUGUUACCGAGUUAAAAGCUCACUUGUCUAAAGACAGUAGUUUUGCCUUUCCUGCACAAACUUUGUAUUUACGGCACCUUGCUUACUAUAUGUUUAUAAAAUCUAUUACUUUUUAUUGCAAACUUUAAUAAAGAUCAUCUCAGUAAUUUAA